AUAGCGGUUCCAUCCUCCACCAAGCUGGUAGUGGACGCUGACUCAAGCGGGACCCGCAGGAUACCCGCAUCCGGGCUCCCCUGGACGACACGUGGAUACUUGUGCUGCCCUGUGGGCCCCGCUCCACACCAAUCUCCGGCCAUAAAUACCCGUCCCCUCCAACGCAUUUCUUCCCUUUCCCCCGGCUCCCUCCCUCCUCUAUCUGCUUAAAUCCCGGUCCAUUUUUUCGCCCCGCGGCUCGGUUCAGUCCUUUUCGGUACCGUCCGGUCCGUCACCAUGUUGGCCCUCGAAGAAGCCCUCGACCUCCCGUUCCCGCUCCUCGAACAAGUCUUCAACGAUGAGUUGGGCUUCACCCCCUGGGAGACCCAGCCGACCCCGGAUCAUGAAACGUUUGCCCGGACCGGACCUCAACCCGGCCGGGACGAACCGGACCGGCCUCCGUCCCUGGACGAGGAGAGACGGCGCCGGCGGAUGAUCUCGAACCGGGAGUCGGCUCGGCGGUCCCGGAUGCGGAAGCAGCGCUAUCUGGAAGAACUCCGGGCCGAGGUGAACCGGCUCCGGUCUGAGAACAGGGCCCUCGAGAACCGGCUUGCCACGAUGGUCCACUGCUGCCUUCUCUUCCGCCGCGACAAUGACCGGCUCCAGUCCGUGUCGGCCGCCCUCAACCGCCGUAUAUCGGAGCUCCGCCGUGUCCUGCUCCUCCGCCGGCAGCUCCACCGCCUGUCCUCACCUGCCUCCGCCACCGUCUGCGGCGGCUUCGCCCCUGGAACCGACCAGACCGUUUCGUCGCUAAUUGUAUAAAACGCUAAAAAAAAUAUCGGCAAACGAAUUCGUUAACGAGGAAACGGCCAAAGCUGGUUGCUGGACUUAAAAAACGUAUAAAACCGCUACUAUUUAUGGUUUUGGUAAUUUAACGGCGGAAAAUUAUCGUUUGCUUUCUGCUUUAUCUUUUUUUGGUCUUUUUAUUUUUUCACUCCUUUUUUUUUUUGGGUUAAAAUCGGUCUGUGUAUAAAGCUUGGGUCCUAUUGGGCUGUUUUAUUCGCUCAAAGGUUUUGUGCCUGCGUCCGUUAAGUAACCAAAAACGCUUUUCUUUUUUUUUUUUUCGCAUCUAUAACCGAGACUGAGAUCGUUAUCUUGGGAAAUUGAACUAAUGUGAUGCUUUUACCUGGAACUUGGGGUAUUGGGGGAGAUGGUGGGCUACUUUUGGGGCCACUUUAAUUAAAUUACUGGCUCUUCGUUUUGGACGACGAAAAGGACGCGAUUCAAAAAGAGGGCAUGGUGAAAGUUAGAACACUCUCGACACUUACGCUGCCUUGAGUGCAUGUGGGCCCCACUUUUGGUGUUAUGUGUAACAGUUGUUUUGCCCUUGGUCGUCGUAGUUAGGUUCCAAUGCCAUGUCUUGGGUCAGGAUGUUACCGCUUUCGCUUUGUUGCUGUGCCGUACGGUAACCAGAAUUGCAAGGAAAUUUCCAAGUUGGCCAAACCGGUUUGUCAUCGUGCUGUCUUUUUUGUCAACUCAUCCCGGCCACUUGUGCAGCGAACCAUGGAGAUGUGCUUGAGAAGGCAUUGAGCAAGUGGGUCUGGAGAUGCAUGGAAAGUUUCGAUUUAUGGCAACCGCCUUGUGCUCAGGGAUAUAUCUAAUCUAUUGCACCAUAAGUGUUUGUGUGGAUUA